AUGGGUUAUACUGAACUUAGUGAUACAAUCGUCAAUGAAUCUCCGAGCCUCCUUCGUACAUGGUGGUCGAACAAGAACCUACAAUACGACGUUGCCAUGAGCAUCAUUAUCAUAAUAAUCAACAUCGCAGCGACGGUGGACAUGAGAACCCACAACCACAAGAGUCCCUUUGACAAAGAUGAUCCAGAUAAAUUGAUGACGCUCUUCAUUAUUUUAUACAUCAUUAGCGGCAUAGUUAGUUGCAUCGUGUGGGUUAUGGCAAUCGAGAAUGUCACACUAUCUGGACUAGCCUCAUUCUAUGGACGCUUGAGUCACAUCUCGGGCUUCUGUAUGUUCUUUAAACUCUUGUCUUGUAUUUCUCCACACUUGCCUCUACUGUUCGGGGUUCCUGGUUUGAUAUGGUUUGUAGCCGCCUUGGUUGCACCGUGUUUUCCAUUUAUAUGGAAAGGCCUGUGCCAAACAGUGAAAGAACUAGGAGAUUGGUGGAAGUAUAUCAAUCAACCACAAUCGUUAAUUGAUAACGUUUGA